UCUCUCUCUCUCUCUAUCUGCUGCUCCACUGAAGCUUCGGUUCUCGGCUUUAUGGAGGAGGAAGGCUCGGAAAAGAAUGGAAAGUGUGAUGCGAGGGAAGAGGAGAGUGAAUGGAUAGAAUUUGAUGCUGAGUUCAAACCCAUGGAGCAUCCAUUGGAGCCCUUGGAAGAAGAUCAGCCUUUACAGUGUCCGAUCCCUGAUUCAUCUUUUCUUAAUCAAGAAAAAUAUGAAUUGAAGCAGCGGCGAUUGGUGGAUGAAUUACUGAAGUCCAAAGAACCUUCGGAAGAAGAUGAAGAAAGCAUCCUCCCACUCCAAGCAGAUCCUAAGAGGCAUCAUAAAAUUCAUCAGCAUUCUUCCAUCCAACCUCAGCCUCCUUUUUGGGGUUCUCACUACAACAUAUUUCAGGUUUUCCAACAAUGUAAAGAUUUUUCAUCUUGA